AAAUAUUUAAAUUGUGAUGAUUACACCGCGAGGAGUGCAAUAGUUACGAAUAUUAUAAUAAUUGCAUUAGGCAGAAUACGCAACAAAUAUCUAUUCUCUUAUAUUAGAUAAUGAUUUUAAUUUGAACAUAAAACUUUAAUAAAUACACUACAUGAUAGUUUCAAGAUUUCAAAUACUUUUUAAAAUUCCUUCCAAAAGCCAUUUACAUCAGUCCAGGAAGAUGAGUGAAAAAGUAUUUGUGUAUGGUACACUAAAAAAGAAUGAACCAAAUCACCAUUGGUUAACUGAUCAAAAAAAUGGUGUUAGCAAAUUUAUAGUCAAUGGACAAACAUGUCAGAGAUAUCCAUUGAUUAUUGGAACUAAAUAUAAUAUACCUUUUGUACUAUAUAAACCAGGAGUUGGAUAUCAUGUGCAAGGGGAGGUGUAUGAGGUUGAUGAAAAAAUGAUGAGCAAUUUGGACAUACUUGAAGAUCACCCAAAUUACUAUAUAAGAGAGAUAGACAAUAUAGAUAUUAAAAAACCAGGUACAAAUGAGAAAGAAAUAAUUAAGUGUUGGGUCUACUUUAUGAAAAAUUUUAAAGAGGAACUUCUAUUCAAUCAAAUGUUUCAAAAUUACUCAUCAACAGGAAGUCAUGGGCUACCUUACUUGGAAAGAAAUAAUGAAUCAACAAUUGAUGAUUUGAACGACGAUGUAAAAGCAAAGUAAAGCAGAAUUUCAAUAAUAAAAUUCGAAUUAUGUAAAACUCAAUUUCAUGAAACUUUAAAUGAAA